AUGGCGGUACCAGUCCAAGAACUCCUCGCUUACCGCGAGCAAUUGAUUGACGGAGUCACUGAGGGUCCGAUCACUGAAAGGUAAUUCCGAAUUUAGUCGCGCGAUGUGUCCAUAACACCACUGACCCUGAUCGCAGCACGAAACUUGUCGCCCUCCAUCAGCCUAACUUGUGCACCGACAAUGGCAAGCUCGUCCGCAACCUGACGCAAAUCGCGCGUCUCGACACUGAGAACGAGUGCUUCAUCAUCACCGAAGAUGACGUUGUACUGCCGCCUCAGGCUAUUGGCAAGCAUGCAAUGCCUCAACAGUACACCUUCACGGCAUCGUUCAACCGACUGGUAUGUACUAUGCCCCAGAGCUGCUUUGGACGAGCUGAAGCUGACUUGAGAACAGCUGACCGCGCCCGUUCUCCGACUGGAGUGCAAGUGGCCAAGAGUAUCGGCUCCGCACGGGCAAUCGGGUCCCUUCAAAGUCAGCCUGGAGUUCCAUUUCAACUCCUGCGAUGGCGUUCCGGGGAUUGAGAACUUCGAAGUUCGCAAGAACGUCGACCUUGCGGGUAUUGAGAAAGACGAGAUCGUCUUCACUGCUCACGGGGCUACCUCUCAGGGGCUCCGAAACAUCUCCAAACUGCCUCCACACAACAGAAUGGUUCUUGGCGAGUUGGUGCCAGUACUCAACAGCUUCCUCAAGCCAGAGACGCCGAUACAAGUCCGGCUGAGAUUCAACGAGCACCUGGACAGAAAGGAUGCCGCAAUGGCAAGCAUGUUGCCGUACGUACUCGGCGACGGUGUCGAGAAACUGCCGACCAUGACGCUCCCAGAGUGGAGCACGCUCCUUCCUCUUAGCCCGGAGCGCAACAUUCACGCUCUCAUGGACGCAUCGGCUCCUCACCCAAUGGUGCCUUUCGAGUGCGUCGACACUUACACUAGCAUCGAUCAAGCCUCCAUCGAGCUCUACGAAUCUGCCAGAUUGGCCAACAUCGAGCAGGAGGAGAGCCUCCGACUCUGGGCCGAGACAGAGCAUCAUGCGCUUCUCUACCAGGUCGGUCGCACUGUGGUCAUGGCCGUCAAUUUCCGUGCAUAUCGACAAUUAGUCGGCCCGGGGGGCCCAGUCAAGUCUUCCGUUCCGGACAGACUGCUCGCUUCGGCCACCUGGACAGAUCCAAUCUCCUACCAGACCUUCACCGCAGAGGUGAGUCGUUGCUCCCUCCCAGUGCAUCUUCCAAGCCACGACGCACUCUUUUCCAUUCCGAAAGCAGAUGGUGCCAUUCGGGCGACCUGCCUGCGCUCGGAUCCAAACCCACCGGGCGCCCAAUUCCUGGCUCGGGUCAAGUUCGCGCCUCGAAUGCCCAAGUUCACGGUGUCCAGCCAACUGAAUACCGUAUCCAAUCUGAGGAGCGCUGAUGCUGCCCCGUGGCAUCCCCUCAUUCUCAAUCAAAACCAUGCCCUCGAGCAGGUCGAUCUUGUCUUGAAGCGAGCCGAAGACGUGGAGACACCCCUGGAAGCUGAGGUUGAGGAAGCUUAUCAAUGGAUGCUAAACUUCCGCAAGUGGAAUGCAGAGCAGCUGCAAGCACUCAAGAGCAUCCGCAAGGCUGUGGGUGGCAUCGUCCUCAUCACUGGUCCAGCCGGCACGGGCAAGACUCUGGUGUUACAGGCUAUCUGCAUCUUCCUCUACCGUCUUGGUCUGCAUAUCUUGGUUCUUGCCCCAGCCAACAGCAACUGCGCCGAUUUCAUGGCAAAGCUGGCCCAAUACUUCCCAGAGAUCUGCGGCACCCGCGUGUUGCCUUCAUCCAUGGACUCUGACAUCCGCAAAGUCAGCCCAUCCUGCAAAGACGAUGCAGAAGAAUCCGAUCUGGCUGACUUCGAGAUGAUGCGAGCGGACAGCCAGCCUUCCUCGGAGAUCCCCCAUCACGGUCUGCCUGCCCAAGUUCUCCAAGCCGCCAGACAAGGCAAGCACCACGACAAGGUCCACCAAAAGAUCUUUGGAAAGAACAUGGAUGUCUGGCAGGAACUGCAGAAGUGUGUGCUCAAGUGCGACGACGGUACCUUCGACUGGCAAAACGCCGAGGAUGUCAAAGUCUACCAGCUGAGCUACAAUUUCUGCAAAGCGCAUUUCGUCGCCAUGUCACGCCUGAUCAUCACCACGACAGGCAAUGUGCGGACUGCCGACAUUGUCGAAAAUUGGGCUUUGGGCAAGCAUGGCAUUGAGUGCAAGGGCAUUGUCGUCAUCCUCGACGAAGCCUGUAAGGACCGGGAAAUUGACACCCUCUCUGCUCUGCUCUGGCCAGUCUAUAGGAACAAGAUCACUGGCAUGGUGAUGCUCGGUGACGAGCGUCAGCUGGAGCCCACGAAUACCUGCGCGAAGGGCAAGACCGUGUACAAUCCGUUCAGCGACCGCUUGAACGUUCCUUUCCUGACUAGGCUCAAGCGGGAGGGUUUUCCCUGCACCGAGCUGGUCGAGCAGCACAGAAUGAGCGAGCACAUUGCACAAUGGGUGAGUCGAGUUAAUCAAACAAAAUUAUUUGAAGGCGAGCUAAUGAAGACGCACAGCCGACCGCCAACUUCUACCCUGCUGGCAUGAGAAAUGGUCCGGGUACCAGCCAGUUACUCAGUGAGAAGCAGCCAGGACUCCAUGCUGUUCUGGUCAACAUCCUCCAGUCCGUCGGCACCAACAUUCCUGCUCGCUUCAGUGCCGUCCAGCAGGACAAGUUCAUCCGCGCUCACUACCUCGAGGUCCACGGUGUUCGCGACAACUCGAAGCAAUCUGCAUUUGUGAGAGAGCACAUCAAGUUCUUCUUCGACAAAUGCUACUGGCCUCUACGAGCCUACUACGGCGCGGAGACGUUCGAGAAGGUGAUGAUCAUUUGCGCCUACAAAGAAGCGCGCAAGUGCUGGCACGAGGCCGCUCAACACCUGCAGCACAAGUACAAGAUUCCGAACGCUCAGUUACCGAGAAUCCUCACGAUUGACUCCAGUCAAGGAUGUGAGGCACCGGUCACUUUCAUCGACUGUUCCGUGCAGCAGUACUCUGCCCGCACGAAGUUUCGCGAUAUCGGCUUCGUUGACAACGACAAGCGCAUGAACGUUGCCAUGACGCGCGCGCAAGACGUGCGCUGGAUCUUGGGUGGCAGCUGCAGCGUCCGUGAGCGCCGCCGCACUCGUGACCCGGGUACGCCUGCCUACGUACGACACCGCGAUGAGAUUGCGGAGUUCACCAUCGUGAAGAACGAGAAGAUCAAAGAUGCCGGCACUGCUUGGCUCGAGGGACUGACGAAGCAAGACAUCUGUCUUGGGCGCCGCUUCGGUCACGAGAGCACUCGCCCUUCGCACUGA